CCGCCUGCGCAGAGAGAAACGAACCUGCUAGUAAAUUAGCUACGUUGAGUCGGUCGCUUAGCUGGUGGUGUAUUUGUGCGGAAGAUUAUUAUCUACAACAGGAAACUGUUUUAUAUUUUAUUUAAUCCUUUACAGUAGGAAGAAACAUAGUUAUAUUUACACGUAUUUGUGUUCAGCUAUAAAGCGUGUAAGGUUGUUUUUGCGAGAGCUUCCUUCGAACCAGUCAGCCUUGUUAGCUAGUUAGCUAACGAUAGCUAACUUAGCAGAACAGGGGGGAAAAAAAUAACCAACACCGCGAAUUAGACUAGAGGAAGUUUCUGUACGGUUAAUAAUUGUGCAUGCAGCUUUGAUAAACCCAGGUUUCUCCGUUUGGCCGAAUGUUUCAUAAUAGACAGAGACAUUUAAUUUUUGAAGUAAGAUAACGUGGUAGGUUAAAGCGUUCACAGGGUUGCACACGGUUCCAUUCAUCCGCUGCGAAUUCAAAAUGUCGGAGUUUGACGAAUUUGAGAGACAACUGACCGAAAACAAACAAGGUGACGGCGUUAACGGCCAUGAGCGGGACAAAGAAAAUAGGCACAGGCGUCGGAGUGGCUCGCGAAGCCGUAGUCGUGAAAGGAAGAGGAGGAGCAGAGAGAGAAGGAGCAGGGAGCGUCGCAGCAGCAGCAAAGACCGCAGGCAUAGACGCAGUCGCUCCCCACCGAGGGAGAAGAAGAAGAAAAUCAAAAAGUACUGGGAUGUCCCUCCUCCAGGCUUUGAGCACAUCACACCAAUGCAGUACAAGGCCAUGCAGGCUGCUGGUCAGAUUCCUGCCACAGCACUGCUUCCCACUAUGACUCCAGAUGGACUGGCUGUGACACCUACCCCAGUGCCUGUAGUAGGCAGCCAGAUGACCCGCCAGGCUCGGAGGCUGUAUGUGGGCAACAUCCCAUUUGGCAUCACAGAGGAGUCGAUGAUGGACUUUUUCAAUGCUCAGAUGAGACUAGGGGGUCUUAUUCAGGCUCCAGGAAACCCCGUACUUGCUGUCCAGAUUAACCAGGAUAAGAACUUUGCCUUCCUUGAGUUGCGCUCAGUGGAUGAGACCACACAGGCAAUGGCGUUUGAUGGCAUCAUAUUCCAAGGCCAGAGUCUGAAGAUCCGCCGGCCACAUGAUUACCAGCCCUUGCCGGGCAUGAGCGAGAAUCCCAGUGUGUACGUGCCAGGAGUGGUGUCCACUGUAGUCCCUGACUCUGCUCAUAAGCUUUUUAUUGGAGGCCUGCCCAACUAUCUCAGUGAUGACCAGGUAAAAGAGUUGUUGACGUCCUUUGGGCCUUUAAAGGCAUUCAACCUAGUGAAGGACAGUGCCACAGGGCUCUCCAAAGGCUAUGCCUUCUGCGAGUAUGUUGAUGUCAAUCUUAAUGAUCAGGCUAUUGCAGGACUAAAUGGGAUGCAGUUAGGGGAUAAGAAGCUCCUGGUCCAGAGAGCGAGUGUAGGAGCCAAGAACGCAACUCUGACGAGCAUAAAUGAGACCCCGGUGACGCUGCAGGUGCCAGGCCUGAUGAACAACUCCAUGAAUCAGAUGGGAGGAAUUCCGACUGAGGUUCUGUGCUUGAUGAAUAUGGUGGCUCCAGAGGAACUUCUGGAUGAUGAGGAGUAUGAAGAGAUUGUCGAGGACGUCAGGGACGAAUGCUCCAAAUAUGGGCAGGUCAAGAGCAUCGAGAUCCCUCGCCCUGUCGACGGCCUGGAGGUCCCUGGAACUGGAAAGAUCUUUGUGGAGUUCACAACAGUUUUUGACUCCCAGAAAGCAAUGCAAGCCUUGACGGGGAGGAAGUUUGCCAACAGAGUGGUUGUGACCAAAUACUGCGACCCUGAUGCCUACCACCGCCGAGAUUUUGUCUAGAUCAGAAUGCAUGGGAGUGGAGAGAAGAGGAGUGUGUGGCGCAGGAGAAACCAGAUGAAAGGCUGUAUUAUGACCGAGGGGUGGCAAAAGGGGGAUCUUUUCUUGUAGUGCAAGGUGGCAUUUCAUUUUUUUUUCUUUUUUUUUUCUUUUUUUUUAAGCAAAAAUAGCUUUGGCACAAUAAGUUUGCAUUUUAAAAAAGCAAGGAGUAUUAAUUGAGUUGAAUUUGUUUUAAUUGCAUAUUGAACAUUUGUUUCAGGGGGUGGGGGGCUGGGGGUUACAGUACAUAAUGCUUCUAAAACCACACGAUAUUGUCAGUGGCAUGAGUGAAGGAAAUAAAUUGCUUCCUUUCACUUGACUUUGAUCCCUCUAUCAUCCAAAUUUGCUGUUGGUGACCUAACCACCAUGAUCCUACUACACUCUCUCAAUUUUUCAGUCUUUUUAUCUCCAAAAUUAGUUUAGUUCAACUGUGUGUUAGUUUAUAUCCAGCUCUGUCUGUCCUGUUUCCAGUACACAUGACUGCCUCUUCUAUUGGUAAUGUAACUUCAAGUCUAGCAUGGCACCUUUGUGUCUCUGUGUGAACAUAACCCUCUUUUGAUAAUAAACUUAGUGAGAAUUUGAAAA